AUGCGGAACAAGGGCGUGAACACCAUGAAUCGCCUACCUCCCGUCUCCAGCCUGAUGUCUCCUCCAGAGCCAAAGCCCCACGAUUCCUUCAACCGAACUCUCUCCCCCUGCGUCUCACAGCAGUCCUCCUUCACCAGAACAAACAUACUCCCGCCAAUCUCGGACGAGCGCAAACGAAAGCAAUCAGAGAUGAUGGACCUGCCAUCGCCACCCGUCACUCCGUACGUCGAGAACAAGAAACAGCGUCCCAACGAGGACGAGCCCGUCGAUAGAGAGAGCGGCACGGCCGGCAACAACAUCAACAGCCGGGAUCCAGUUCUCUUCCCUCGCUCAGACGAGAUUGCGCCUGCCAUCCCCAACGACGAGCCACUCUUCGGCUCGGACGAGGCCACCGUCGCAAACAUCGACGAACACAUCGCCGCCAACUCCUCCAAACUGCCAGAGAAGGUCCAGCCGCCGAGUCGUGGUGACUAUCUCUACUUCUGGUCCUGGAUCACCACCCAGUACAACGCCAACCGAGCCGCAUAUGCCAGAGAGGAACGCGCACGUCUAGACCGGCAGCUCGCCAUGAUGAAACAGUACCAGCCCAUCGUAUCGUCCUCAUCGGCCAGCAAACUCAAGAAGAUUGCUCCUGCUCCAUCCAAACGCUCGCCCGGUGGCUCAUCCUCGUCUUCAAACGGUAUAUCCAAGCCCUCUCGCCCGCCUCGUGCUCGACGUUCGCCCAAGUCGACCCCCAAAUUUAAGCCACGAGACUCCUUCGACCCCUUGCCGAAGCCAACCCGGGUGAUCGGCGCAAACCGCGAUGAAACGGAUUACCGUUUGUUGCCAGACUAUUCCCCGCCAAUUGAAACACUCCGCGGCAACACCAAGGGGCUCAAGGCCGAUUGGAAGGGCCAAUUGCUCGACCUCUCAGCUGACCCAGACCGUCAUGCCCUCGAACCAGCAGAGGUCAGCCUCGCUGCCACUCUACGCUUGUCCUGUGCAAGCUACCUGGCCAGCAAACGCCGCAUCUUCGAGGCGAGAGUCAAUGCAUUGAAAGCAGGCAAGGAAUUCCGCAAGACAGAUGCCCAGCAGGCGUGUAAGAUCGACGUCAACAAGGCGAGCAAGCUGUGGACCGCAUACGAGAGAGUUGGGUGGUUGGCAGAGGAGCAUUUUAGGAAGUACCUCUAG